AUGGUCUACAUUCCUAACCUUCACUACGACAAGCAGCGUCUUCUCGCUCUCCUUACCGCCGACCUUACAUCAGCUCAACUGGACAGAAUUCAGGAACUGUUCGGCAUCGGCGCUACUUCGCGCUCUCCAUACCCUGCGGAAGAGCUUUUCAUCGAGGACAAGCGUGAGUGGUCGCAUCUUUCUCACGCGGACUUAAUGCGAGCAUAUCCCGAACAAGACCCCUUGCUCGUCAUCGACUCCCAUACGCCGCACGAUGGGGGAAUUUGGUACAUUGAGGGUUUUGCCACUGCAGACGAUGUUACAAAUGGGCUAGCUGAAAGCCUAAACACUCUUUACAAGAUACGCAUGGAUAUCCGUGAUGUUGUCAUGCAGUUCACCAGCUACAGUGUUGCCAAUACACACAUCUCAAACGACCUGUGGCAUGUCAAUGCGCCGAUGUGGACCCGCGUCGUCGAAAAAGGCGGCUCUCCGUUCGUAGGAAAGGUCGCAGAGCUUUACUACACCACUAACUUCGACAUCAUGGCUUAUUUCCUCCUGCGGCUUGAGAAAGGAGAUCGCGACGCCAUAGCUAGCAUCCAAUAUGCACACGAGAACCUGCAACGUGGUGAAGAGGCAGAAUACUGGGGCAUUGAGCACUCAUGGAAACUAUCCCCGCAACAACAUGUGGACAAGAUAUUUGUUUAUGCAAAGUUCUGUAGGUUAUGGGGAGUGCCGACCCUGAUUCCGGUCGCAGUCGGCAUGAUCGAUCAACUGGUUGAUUUAUCCCCGAGCGAACCCGUGAUUCUGGACGAAAAACGGAAGAUUGAAGCAUGGAAGCGGAGUGCAGGUCCCGUCGACGAGAGUGCCUUCAACGCUGCGAUGAACGGGCUUGAACUAUAA